GACCUCGUGGUUUGUGUACCUACUUUGUGCCUGUUAUAAAUAAAUUUUAAAAAAUAAAAUAAUAAUAAUUCGAUUUUUACUCAGGCAGAUGUUUGGGCAGCUACUGAAACAAACAUGGCCGCCGCCGGAGGGAAAUCGGUUUUGUUCGUGUGUCUGGGGAACAUCUGUAGGUCUCCGAUCGCAGAGGCCGUCUUUAGGAAGAUGGCCACAGACAGUGGAGCGGUGGACAAGUGGAGGAUAGACAGUGCGGCCACCUCCACCUAUGAGAUCGGGAACCCUCCUGACUAUCGAGGUGCAGCCUGUAUGAAGAAGCACGGCGUGCCCAUGCGCCACGUGGCGCGUCAGGUGACGAAGGAGGAUUUCGCGACGUUCGAGUACAUUCUCUGCAUGGACGAGAGCAACUUGAGAGAUCUGAAAAAGAAAGCGAACGGCGUAAACAACUGCAAAGCCAAAAUCGAGCUGCUCGGCUCGUACGAUCCUGAAAAACAACUGCAUAUUCAAGACCCCUACUAUGGAAACGAGCAGGACUUUGAGAAGGUGUACGAGCAGUGUGUGCGGUGCUGUAAAGUCUUCCUGGAGAGAAACUCCUAACACACACACACACACACACACACACACACACACACACACACACACGCAGGAACCCAAGUAGCCAUUUUAUCCUGUCACAUGUGUUCUGAGUAUUAUAGUAUGAAUAACAGAUUGCACUAAUGGAUUUCACACACACACACACACACACACACACACACACACACACACACACACACACACACACACACAUAUUUGCUGUGUGAUGUCUUAAUUGGAAGUUUAAGAAUUGUUGUAAGAAUCUGCUUUCGACACACUGACCUCUUCAUCCGAAGGGGAUAAAUAAACCGGCUAAAAGGCCGUAAAUAAA